AUGGCAAAGGAAGACGAGAAGAAGCCCACAGCUGCUGAGAAGGGCAAAGGAAAGGCUGUGAAUGGGGCUGCUGACAAGAAGGAGGCAAAGAAAGACAAAGAUGGAAAGCCCGACCUGGAAGACAAGAAGGGCGGGAUACCUGAUGAGGAGCUCAGCGAGGAGGACCAGCAGCUCAAGAGCGACCUGGAGAUGCUGGUAGAGCGGAUACUAGGCCCAGAUACCGACCUGUACCAUCCUGCCCUCGAGAAGAUCAAGGAGUUCAUCAAGACAUCGACGAGUUCCAUGACGGCCGUGCCGAAGCCGCUCAAGUUCCUGAGACCCCACUAUGAGAGCUUAGAAAAGGCGUAUGAGUCCUGGCCGGAAGGAGACAACAAAAAAUCCUUCGCCGACAUGCUGUCGGUCCUCGGAAUGACCUACUCCGACGAAGACCGUGUCGACUGCUUGAAGUACCGUCUCCAAGCACCCUCUACAGAUAUCGGCUCGUGGGGACAUGAGUACAUGCGCCACCUCGCCCUCGAGAUCGGCAAAGAGUUCCAGACGCGGUUGAAUGAUGACAAGUCGACCGACGACAUCACCGACCUCGCCGUCUCGCUGAUACCGUUCUUCUUGAAGCACAACGCCGAGGCCGAUGCUGUAGAUCUCUUGUCGGACCUGGAGAUGAUCGACCAGAUCGAGCAGUAUCUGGACGAGGACACAUACGCCAGGGUGUGUUUGUACAUGGUCAGCACCGUGCCGCUGCUCACAUACCCCGACAACGACAAAUUCCUCCGCUCGGCUUUCUCGAUCUACCGAAAAUACAAGCAGUAUACUCAGGCAAUAAUCCUGGCCAUACGGUUGAACGACCGUGACCUGAUCGAAGAGACAUUCAACUCUACCGACGACAAGGCAAUACGGAGGCAAAUGGCAUUCCUCAUCUCUCGGCAGCGGAUAUGGUUCGAUGUAUCUGACGAUGAGGACCCGGAGCUUCAGGAGUGUUUGAGCAACACUAGACUGUCGGACCACUUCAAGGCGCUCGGCAAGGAGCUGAACAUUCUUGACCCGAAGACACCAGACGACAUCUACAAGACACACCUCGAGAGCAGCAGAACAGCGGGCCUGACCAACACCGAUUCCGCGAGGCACAAUCUCGCAUCCGCCUUUGUCAAUGCAUUCGUCAACGCUGGCUUCGGAAACGACAAGCUGAUGCUCAACUCCGAUAGCAAGAACAGCUGGGUCUGGAAGACGAAAGAUGAGGGUAUGCUUUCCACAGCCGCCUCCCUCGGCAUGCUCAUGCUGUGGGAUGUGGAGAUGGGUCUUGACAAGAUCGACCCGUAUACUAAUGUCGACGAGGACAUGAUCAAAGCUGGUGCCAUGCUUGCCACAGGUCUUUUCAACUCCGGUGUGCGGAUGGAGUCGGAUCCUGCCAUGGCUCUGCUCGGUGAUGAGGAUAACCUGGGGCACAAGAACAUCAACAUCCGCAUGGCCUCUAUCAUGGGUCUGGGUCUAGCUUAUGCCGGGUCAAACAAGGAGGAGCUCCUGGAGUUCCUCCUACCCAUCGUUGCCGACACGAACCUAGACAUGCAGCUCUCGGCUAUGGCAGCUCUAUCGCUUGGUCUGAUCUUCGUCGGCUCAGCCAAUGGAGAAGUCACCGAUGCGAUAAUCAACACACUCAUGGACGAGGACAGGUCGAAGCAGCUCAAGGAUAAAUGGACGCGAUUUAUGUCCCUCGGUCUCGCGCUUCUAUUCUUUGGCCAGCAAGAAGAGGUCGACGUCAUCCUGGAGACGCUAAAGGCUCUAGAUCAUCCCAUGGCGAAGGCCUCAUCCGUCCUUGCUGAGGUGUGUGCCUGGGCAGGCACUGGCAAUGUAUUGAAGAUUCAGCAGCUCCUCCAUAUCUGCAAUGAGCAUAUCGAAGAGGACAGCGAAGAGAAGAAGGGCGACGAGCUGCUUCAGUCGUACGCCGUCAUUGGACUAUCAAUAGUUGCCAUGGGCGAGGACGUCGGUCAGGAUAUGAUCCUGCGCACCUUCGGCCACCUGAUGCAUUACGGCGAGGCCAACAUCCGGAAAGGCGUUCCGCUAGCAAUGGCCCUCAUAAGCCCUAGCAAUCCCCAGAUGAAGGUCUACGAUACUCUUUCACGGUACUCGCACGACAAUGACAACGACGUCGCCAUCAACGCCAUCUUCGCCAUGGGUCUCCUCGGCGCCGGCACAAACAACGCUCGUCUCGCACAGCUACUUCGACAGCUUGCAAGCUACUAUCAUCGAGAUCCUAACGCACUCUUCAUGGUGCGCAUUGCCCAGGGUCUCCUCCACAUGGGCAAGGGCACCCUCUCGGCGAAUCCCUUCCACACCGACCGGCAAGUCCUGUCCCGCGUCGCAGCGGCUGGCCUCCUCACCGUGCUCGUCUCGCUCAUCGAUGCGAAGUCUUUCAUUGUCGGUGACUCGCAUUAUCUACUGUACUUCAUGGCCACGGCCAUUACCCCGCGCUUCCUCAUUACCCUCGAUGAGGACCUUAAGCCUCUCACAGUCAAUGUGCGCGUUGGUCAGGCGGUGGAUAUCGUGGGCCAGGCAGGUCGACCGAAGACGAUUACCGGGUGGCAGACACAGAGUACUCCGGUCCUGCUGUCGCACGGCGAGAGGGCGGAGCUAGAAGAUGAGAAGUAUCUGAGCUUGAGUAAUGUGCUGGAGGGUGUGGUGAUUUUGAGAAAGAAUCCCGAUUGGGAAGAUUGA